AGGGAGAGGAAGGAGUGGCUGGGAAGCAGGAAGGAAGGAUAUGGCUAGAGGAGUGGCUGAAAGUGGUGCGGAGCGGUAUCAGUGGCCAGAGAGGCAGGAAGAGUCCGAAAGGGGAAGCCAACGCACAUCGGGCCUCUGGUUUUCUUCUGAAUCAGAUUGGAAGCCAUUGGCGUGAAGGCUCAUUCGUGCUACUAUGUUGAGAAUAGACUGGAGAGAAGCAAGGGAGGCCGCAGAAAGACCCUUGAAGAAGCGAUUGCAAUAAAGUAGUGAAGAAUGGAUGAUACAGUGGCAGGAGGCCCCACACAGGACCCUUGAGAGAGGGAGUAAAAACUAAGUGCUGUUCAUCACCCCAGCCAUCUGUACAUCGCCUGGAUCAUGAGGUCAUCCCUCUGCUGGCUCCUCCCAUUUCUCCUCAUGUUGGCCUCAGUGGCCCAAGGCCAGCCAACAAGACGACCAAGAAUCAGGCCCAGGCCCAAGCCCAGACCCGGCUUUCCUCAGCCCCAUGAGCCAUCGGAGCCUACAGACCUGCCUCCUCCCCUCCCACCGGGUCCUCCAUCUAUCUUUCCUGACUGUCCCCGGGAAUGCUAUUGCCCCCAUGACUUCCCGUCUGCCCUCUACUGUGAUAGUCGCAACCUUAGAAAGGUCCCUGUCAUCCCACCCCGCAUCCAUUACCUCUAUCUCCAGAACAACUUCAUAACUGAGCUCCCGGUGGAGUCCUUCAAGAAUGCCUCAGACCUCAGGUGGAUCAACCUGGACAACAACCGAAUUCACAAGGUAGACCAGAAGGUGCUGGAGAAGCUACCCAGUCUGGCAUUCCUCUACAUGGAGAAGAACCAGCUGCAAGAGGUUCCCUCGGCCCUGCCCCGGAACCUGGAGCAGCUGAGACUGAGCCAGAACAGUAUCUCUAGGAUCCCGCCUGGCGUCUUCAGCAAGCUGGAGAACCUACUGCUCCUGGACCUCCAGCACAACAAGCUGACUGACGUCGUCUUUAAGCCAGACACCUUCCAGGGUCUCAAGAAACUCAUGCAACUCAACCUGGCCCACAACACCCUAAAAAAGAUGCCACGCAAGGUCCCCACAGCCAUUCACCAGCUCUACCUGGACAGCAACAAGAUCGAUACAAUCCCUGAUGGGUACUUCAAGGCCUUCCCCAACCUUGCCUUCAUUCGCCUUAACUAUAACAAGCUGUCCGACAGGGGGCUCCCCAAGAACUCCUUUAACAUCUCCAACCUGCUUGUGCUCCACCUGUCACACAACAAGAUCAGCAAUGUACCUGCCAUCAACAACAAGCUGGAGCACCUAUACCUCAACAACAACAUCAUCGAGAAGAUCAACGGAACUCAGAUUUGCCCCAACAACCUCAUCGCCUUCCACGACUUCUCCUCGGAUCUGGAGCACGUGCCCCGUCUCCGUUACCUGCGGCUGGAUGGGAACUACCUGAAGCCACCCAUCCCACUGGACCUCAUGAUGUGUUUCCGUCUUCUGCAGUCUGUGGUCAUCUAGGCCUUGCUCUUCCCUGGGUCUCCUCUGAUGGCACUUGAAUGCUGGUGGCCCAGGCGCCUGUGCUCACCAUUCAUUUUCUCUGUCUCCCUGUCUUGCUCCCAAAUUUGCCUUUCUUAUCCCACCUUCCUGAGGCGGGACAAGGCACACACUCUGCUGCACCUGUGGCUUCUAGAGCUCUCGAGAUGUCCCAGGCCUCAUUUGGGUCCACCCAGCUCAAAGACACCCACUGCACACCCAAACUUCUGGCCCCAGAAGCACCGAUGCCUGUCUGAAUACUUCACAGUCCCUUCUCUCUCCUUCUCCCCCUGUCACUCCUGGGUAAGUCUAGGCCUGAACUGACAUCUGGAUCGCAGCCCUGGUGAAGCAAGAAAAUGGUCAGGGGUGGUCCAGAGGUGAGGCUGGGGAAGUUCUGUAGGAGACUUCUCCUUCAUGGGCAGCGUUGGCUCCAAAAAGCCAAGAAACCCAGGCCUCCUUGGCCAAGGAUCCAUCUUCCAAAACUGCUGUUCUACCACCCAUUUGCUGGGACCAGACAUCACAUUGGCUCUCUGCCAGCCUGUGUUCUCCAGAAAGGAAGUGCAAGGGCAUGGCCAAGCGAGGGCAGAGGGUCACAGUUCCCGCAAGGGCCUGCACAGGGAGGAGCUGGGGCCCUCCUGCUCCAGGGUGAACUCGGCACAUGCCCUCCAACAGGGCCUCUCUGUUAUAAGAGGAAGAGCGGGAAGGAACAUUCCAAGAGACGGAUGGCUCAGGAACUAGGAAUCAGUCAGUGGGAGAGGAGUGGGAGUCAGAGCCUCAGGAUGGGCGUGUGUGGGUGCAGAUGGAUCCUGUAGCCCCAUUGGCUACUCUGGACAAGAGGCCGGGUGACUGAGGAACACGGUGUCCACAGUGGAGGGUGCAGAACCACCAGCCCCACCCCACCAUCUGUUCUCUAUCAGUGUGGAUGGCUCAAUCCUUUCCACCCCUAGAGCGGUCCCUGAGAAACCAGCAAGAAAGGGCGGGACAUCUGGAAAUCUCCCAGAAGCCUCUUCCAUAUGUGCAACUUGGCCUGCCCUCUAAGAUAGACACAUUAGUGACACCUGGUGGCUGGUGCCCGUCACAGCGGGCUCCCAUCUUCAUCCUCACCUCCCUCUGGGCUAAUUUUCCAAGGUCACGGAUUUCCCACUUGAAGAGCCAAGGGUUAUGUGCGUGGUCUCUCUCUCCUCUAGGGUCUAUAGGACACAGAGGUGCAGAGGCCCUGAGGCAGGGGGCUUAUUCCCAUCACGGGUGAGCACGGGUGAGAACCUUCGGGAACCCCGGUGAGGGUGCGGUUUGUUCCAGUUUGCUGACUGACCUUGUUAUCCCUUCUGUUCUCAGGUCCCACAUCUGUUAACCCCUCUGAGGCCCCUCCGGCACUUACGUUCCACUCUGCAGCUCCUCCCUUUAGACCUUGCUCUAAUGCAGGACAAGCUCUAAAUAUUAUCCCCUUCCCUGGCAGUAAUUUAUUCCUGUAUGGACCGUCCCUCCCCCACAGUUCCCACCCUCCCUACCUGGCCCAGGUGCAGCUUGGCAGGCUUCCAAAGGAGCCUGGGCCCCAGGGGCUGACUACCCUUUUCCUGAACAGCCUCUAGGGGGGUGCUGUCCCUCUACAGCCCCCAGAGUGUCUCUAUGUUGAUGGGGGUGGGGGAUGUUCUAAAAAUGAGCAGGACACAGUGCCCACCCUCAAGAUAGGUUGAGAAAAGUUCCAGAGAUUUUUAAGAAAUUGUAUUAAGCUACUCCGUUAACUUCAAAAAGUUCCCACUGUACUCUUUCUCAUCCUUCUCUGUUGCCAAUUUACAGAAAAUGGGGCUCAUUUUAUCCUAACCUCCUUCCACAUGCUCCCAUAAACUGCCUCAUUCUUCCCGGCUGCAGCUGUUUUUUUCCAAGGCUCCUGCUUAAAGUCAACAAAGUAUUGUGGUUGUAAGCAACCUGGUGCUCUGGCCUGGAUAAGCCCCCUCCUGCAUCUUUAUUCACACCUUUGGACCUCAGCCCCUCGUAUGAGGAUCCUGUGGUUGCCAGGGAGGAGGGGUCAUUCCCCUGCUCCUGCAACCCCAAACUAGUUUAUUUCAGCAGCAACACAAUCACCAUCAUCCCAUCACCCCAUCUAAAUGUCUGCUCCCUCCAUCGCUCCCUGCAGCUAUAGACCAGAGAGGAUUCAAAUUAAACUGGCUUUAAAGCAUCCUCACCCCCCCCCUACACACACACACACAAUGUGCUGAUUUCUCUUGGGUUUUAGGAAGCCCCCUCCUCCAUGCACAAGUUCACCUCUCAGUGCUAUUGGCAUCUACAUAUACAGGUGUGUAAGUAGGUGUGUCUGUGUACUCUGUUCAUAUAACUAUUCUUCUGGAAAACCAUGUUACCUUUGUGAAACAGCUUUCACAUUUCAACACGCUUCGCAGCAGAGAAAAUAAAGUAAUAUGAAAAACA